AUGACCUGUAGUGCCUGCUCCUCCGCGGUUACGGGCGCCCUGGAGGCUGUACCCGGAGUGCGGGAUGCGAAUGUUUCCCUGAUAACUGAGAUUGCCGUUGUGAACCAUGACAACGACGUGCCCGCAGGAGCUCUAACAGCUGCCAUUGAGGGUGCAGGUUUCGAUGCGAAGGUAUGCGACAGCUCACAAAAAGCUACGCUCCGGGUUUUUGGCAUGACCUGUGCUGCAUGCUCGUCCUCAAUUGAGUCGGCUCUUGCCGCAGUACCGGGGGUUAUCUCUGCCUCGGUAAACCUCUCUACUGAGGAGGCUCUGGUCGAGUUCGAUGCGAGCAAGACAGGAAUGCGCAAAAUUGCUGCAGCCAUUGAGGGCGCCGGUUUCGAUGCUUUACCGGUCAAUUCAAAAGACGCCGCUGCUCAAAUCGCCUCUCUGAAUCGGGUCGAGCAGGUUUUGAGCUAUCGACGAGACACAAUUUGGACUUUUGCGUUGGGGUUCCCCAUAAUAUUGUUGAUGAAACUCCAUCAUUACCUGCCUAGCUUUUUAUACGCCGAAAUCAUUCCCGGUUUGUAUAUGGACACUGUUAUUUCGUUAGCUCUGGUCACCCCGAUCCAAUUCAAAAUUGGCAAACGAUUCUACAUCAAGGCAUUCAAAGCUAUAAGAGCACGGAGCCCCAACAUGGAUGUUUUGGUCAUAAUAUCCACCUCCUCUGCCUACUUUUAUUCUUUGUUGGCACUUUUGUAUUCUAUCGUUACCCAGUUGCCUGGGCGACAGAUGUAUCUUUGGGAGACCUCCGCCAUGAUCUUCUUUUUUGUUUUGUUGGGAAAGUACCUGGAAAACAAAGCUCGCGGUCACACAUCGUUUGCCCUCAGCCAGCUCAUGGCGUUGGCUCCCGAAAACGCCUGUAUUUUGAUCGAUGGCGAAGAAAAACAAAUCCCCACAGAUAUGGUCGAGGUGGGCGAUUAUUUAGUGAUUCGGCCAGGCGAAAAAAUCCCCGCUGAUGGCGUUGUAAUUACUGGUCAAUCACGGGUCAAUGAGGCUAUGAUCACGGGUGAACCUGUGCCUGUUGUCAAGAAGCCUGGUCACCGAGUCAUUGGUGGAACUGUCAACGAUGCAGGAGCUUUGCAUGUGCGAGUCGAACAAUGUGGUGCCAAUACCAAGCUUGCCCAGAUCGUCUCUUUGGUCAAAGAUGCCCAGGCAUCAAAGGCCCCCAUUCAAAGGUACACUGAUUUCGUUGCCAGCUGGUUUGUGCCCAUAGUCAUUGCCCUGGCAAUAUGUACGUUUGCUGGAUGGAUGCUUGUUGCCCGGCUCGCGCCAAAUCCCCCAAGUAUACUCAAAUCGGCUGAUAGCUCGUUUUUUGUCUGCCUGAGACUGUGCAUCUCAGUGAUUGUUGUGGCCUGCCCUUGUGCUCUCGGGCUUGCCACGCCAACUGCCGUAAUGGUGGCCACAGGAGUCGGGGCUCGGAAUGGGAUUCUCGUCAAGGGGGGUGCUGUUUUCGAGAAGCUGAGCUCGGUCGACCUGGUACUAUUUGACAAAACGGGCACCCUGACCCAAGGUGACAUGUCGGUUAUCUCCAGCUCAAUCAGUCCUGAGCAUUGGCUUUUUGUUGGUGCUCUUGAAGAAAACUCUGAGCAUCCAGUGGGCCGCGCCCUGGUUAAAGAAGCCUCGCUCCACGGAAAAAUUCCUACAGCUACAUGUUUCGAAGCAAUAGUUGGUCGGGGCGUUGCGGCCAAUGUAAAAGGGUCGAAAGUGUAUGUUGGCUCGGCAGUUUUCAUGGCAGAUUUGGGCCUUGAGGUCGCUGAUGAUGGAGGCCAUCCCUCGACAACCACAGUGUAUGUUGCCGUCGACGGUCAGAUCGUAGGUCAUGCAUCGCUUUCCGACAGGCUACGCGAUGAGGCCGAAAGUGUUGUUGCUGAUCUACAUGCACGCGGCAUUAGAGUUGGGGUGGUGAGUGGUGACGUGAAGGAGGUUGUCCAGUUGACUGCGGAUAUCGUGGGCAUCGAUCCCGACCUGACUUGGUCUGAACUCUCGCCUCUGCUCAAGCUCAAAGUUGUCCAGGAUGCUAAAGAUAAUGGAGCCACUGUUGCUGUAGUUGGCGAUGGAAUCAACGAUUCCCCUGCCCUAGCUGCAGCUGAUGUGGGCAUCUCGCUUGAAGGAGCUACCCAGGUAGCUGUUGAAUCUGCAGACGUUGUUUUGAUCCGGAAAAGCCCACUGAUGGCUGUACCGGCUUGCAUUGAUCUGGGCCGUGCGGCACUCAGACGGAUCAAACUAAACUUAUUCCUGUCGGUGAUUUACAACGCGUUUAUGAUUCCGUUUUCUAUGGGGCUCUUCCUAUGGUGGGGGGUUAUGUUGAACCCCAUGGCUGCGAGCGCGGCAAUGGCUAUGAGCUCAGUCUCGGUAGUGUUGUCUUCGCUCUUGCUCAACAGAUGGCGCCCUGAGAUCGAUGAGAAGAGGACCUCACGUGGACUGACUGCUUGGUUACGGAAACUGUGGGGUAGGGCACCCGGUCACGAAUACAUUGCGCUUGAAACUGCCUAA